AUGUGGGCUUUGGCUGGGAAGCCGUGGUACGUGGCCAUCGCCGCCAUGGUGCUUGUCAUCGGAGGGCUCUCGAUCUCCAGCUUCGUGCGGAGCGGCGACCGCGCUCUGCUGUGCUCGUUCUCCGCCGCCAACAACCCCGGCGUACGCUUCUCCGCCCCCGCCGGCGGUGCCCCCGUCAAGGGGGCGCAGCUGACGGAGACGAUCCUCCACUACGCGACGUCGGGUAUAACGCCGCAGCAGUCGUGGGCGGAGAUCAACAUCACGCUCACCGUGCUGCGGGAGCGCGCCCCCUGCAACUUCCUGGUCUUCGGCCUGGGCUUCGACUCGCUCAUGUGGUCGGCCUUCAACGCUGGUGGGAAGACGCUGUUCCUGGAGGAGGAUCCCAAGUGGGUGGACACCGUGCUCAAGGGGGACAAAUCCCACUUCCUCCGGGCGCACACCGUCAAGUACCCCACGCAGCUCCAGCAGUCCAACGAGCUCCUCCGCUCAUACAAAUCUGAACCGGGUUGCCUCCCACCGAAGACCUUCCUGAAGGGGAACCGUCGGUGCCGGCUCGCGCUGCCCGAUCUGCCGCAGGAGGUGUACGAGACGGAGUGGGAUCUGGUCAUGGUGGACGCUCCCAAGGGUUACUUCAACGAGGCCCCAGGAAGGAUGGGGGCGAUCUACUCGGCGGCGGUGAUGGCGCGCAACCGGAAGGGGAAGGGCCUCACCGACGUUUUCCUCCACGACGUCAACCGACCGGUGGAGAGGACCUACGCCACGGAGUUCCUCUGCAAGAAGAACCUGGUCGACGGGACGGGUCGGCUAUGGCACUUCCGGAUCCCGCCGGUGAGGGACGAAGGUGCCGAAGCUACCAAGAGCUUCUGCUAA